UGGCAGCCAGUGCUCAAAGAAAACUGCCUCUCCAUUUAUGUACUUACAUACGCUAAUGCACAGUCACGUGCCUUUUUCUAAACGAGGAGAUAGAGAAAAUUGAUAGAGGAAAAUAUGCGUACAAGCAAGGUUCAUCUACAUCAAAAUGUGAAUAAUCGGAACCGUUGAUGAUACAUGUACAUAUGUGGCAAAGAAUGUAUCGGCUCGAGGAACGUGACAAUAUUGAAUUUUCGAUACGACUGAACGGAGAAUAUCGGUUGAAUCAUAAAUCGCGUAAGAUGUGAAUGAUUUAUUCGAUUCAAACAAUUUGAAAAGGAUGAUAAACAAAAAAAAUAAAUAUAUAUACAAUCGGCUGUUGUAAAUUGUAGUAUUUUAUAAAUAAAUUAUUCUAGAAAAUAUUAAUAUGAGUAACAUUACUUCGCAAAACGUUUCGUUAAGGUCAUUAUUAACACUUAAGAAUAAUGAUUUUAAAGAAUUUGUUUGUGGUUGGGGGGCUGCUGUUAUUAAUGUCUCUGUUACCUUUCCUGUUAAUAAAAUUAUAUUUAGACAGAUUUUGGAAGGUGUACCAGCCAAAAUUGCAUUACGGCAAAUAUCCAAAGAAGGCGUACGAUUGUUAUAUCGUGGCAUUUUACCACCGCUUUGCCAAAAAACUCUUUCGCUUAGUAUAAUGUUUAGUAUGUACGAAGGAUGUAAAGAACGUUUGUACAUGUUAACAAACAAUGAUAUAUUAAUUAGAAUAUUAGCGGCCCAUUUUGCUGGUACCACCGAGGCUAUACUCAUGCCACUUGAAAGAGUACAAACACUGCUACAAGAUUGGCGUUACCAUAAUAAAUUUAAAAAUACUUCCCAUGCAUUUACAUAUAUACUGAAAAAUUAUGGUAUACCGGAAUGUUAUCGUGGGUUAGUCCCAAUUAUAUGUAGAAAUAGUUCUUCUAAUCUCAUGUUUUUUGUUUUAAAAGAACAGUCGAAACAAUUAAUGGGCCAGAACGAUUCAUUGUUGACGAGUUUUGUUAAUGGUGCUUUAAUAGGUGGUUUCACAAGUACUCUAUUUUAUCCGAUGAAUGUUAUAAAAAUACACAUGCAAUCGAAAAUAGGCGGUAAUUUUGAAAAGUUUAUGACCGUUACUCGCGAAGUAUAUAUUUCAAGAAAUAGAAGUAUAACGUCAUUCUAUAAAGGUGUACAUUUGAAUUAUAUAAGAUCAUUUAUUAGUUGGGGUGUGAUAAACGCAUCUUAUGAUUUUUUAAAAACAAUCAUUUUUUAAUAGUAAGUAGCAUUUUAAAUAUAUACCUAUAUGUAUAUUUAUACAAAGGAAAAACAAUUCAUUCUAUCGUAUAACGUGUUACUUAACAAACUAUACGUACUUUGCAGUUGAAGCUACUAAUCGCACACCUUUUUCUGCAACGAUUCAUGACGAUUGCACACAAAUAAAAAGGACUUUUACUAGUCUAUACAACGUUUAGAAUAGCAUAGAAAAAUAUUAAUUUCCUUGCUCGUGUUUGUAACUAAACAGUUUCGCAAUAUGAACAAAUAAAUAUAUACGAUUCGUGACUUUUGCAACUGUAAAAAUAUUGGAAAGUAUUAUUUUCUUAACGUACAUAAAUAAA